AUGCAUCUGCUUGCGGCUGUUUGUGUCAUGAUCGGCAUUUUGGAAGAAGUGGAUAGUUUCUGCCCUUCUCAAUGCAGCUGCAGUUACCACGGCAUGAGUGAUGGAACCAGAACAAGAUCUGUGCUUUGUAAUGAUCCUGAUAUGUUUGAAAUCCCUAUCAAUAUUCCUGUGGACUCUGUAAAACUCCGGGUAGAAAAGACAGUCAUAAGAAAAAUUCCAGCAGAUGCUUUUUAUUACCUGGUGGACCUCAAAUAUCUAUGGCUUACUUACAAUUCUAUCACCAGCAUUGAUAGCAGAAGCUUUUAUAGUUUAAAGCAGCUACAUGAAUUGCGUCUGGAUGGCAAUUUGUUGUUGCGUUUCCCUUGGGAGUCAUUGGCUGAGAUGUCCAAUCUACGAACUCUAGAUUUACACAAUAACAAAAUGACCAGUAUUCCAGUUGAGGCCGGCAAGUACCUGAGAAAUCUCACUUACUUAGAUAUAUCUAGUAACAAACUAACAUCCUUGCCUUCAGACCUCAUGGAUAUCUGGCUUCCUUUUUCUGAAACAAAAGUACCCAGAAAUACAGAUGCUCCGAUGCACAGGGUCAUAUUAGUCCCAGUUAUUCAAGAAAGUCCAGGAGAAGGUGAAAGAUGGUCCAUUAUUAGUCUGACAGGCAUUUCCUACAAAGAUGCAGGAGACUACAGAUGCAAGGCCAAAAAUUUCGCUGGAAUGUCUGAAGCUUUUGUUACUCUCACUGUUAUUGGUGUUACCACAACGGAAUCUUCCCCAAAAUAUGGCAAGAAGACAGGAACAGAGCAAGCAAAUAUUACUCAAGAAGAUGUCAAACUAGAAUUUUUCAACGUGACACUUUCUUCUUCUACAAUAGCGUCCACAACCACCUUUCCAUCUACAACUAUGGCCACCACUGAAAAAUUCACAACUAAAGGAGAAACUGACACAAAACAACCUGAGCCCAUGCCUGAUGACAAAAAGAAUGGGAACACAAUUGUGAAUGGAAGGAAAAAGCAAUUGGAUACAUCACUCAGUGUAGAGUCAGCAGAUGAACAAAAUGUCACUCUGAAAAAGCUAAGAGUAAUUCCUGAAACCAGUGAAAGAGUGACCUUGAUGUGGAAAAAUAUUGAUGUCUCUAAUAGCUCUGCUGUGACUGUGCUGUAUUCCAAGUAUGGAGAAAAAGUGAUGGUGUCACUAAAUCCAGAUCCCACAAAAAACAAAGUGACAAUAGAUGGUUUGGAGCCUAGCACAAAGUACAUGGCCUGUGUCUGCCCCAAAGAGAUGCUUCCUACCAAAGACCAAUGCAUCAUUUUCUCCACGGAUAGAAUUACUCUGGAAGACAAUUCUCCUAUUUCCAUUUUGCUAGUAGCUAGUGGGGUAGCCUGUGCACUUGUGAUACCACUCAUUUUUUUCCUACUGUAUAAAGUUGUGAUGCUUCACAGGAAACCAAAAUUCAUCAAGGAAGAUGAACUUGCAAAAGAGACUUAUAUCAAAUUUGAAACUCUUUCUUUUAGACCACAUUCUAUGGGAGCAAAUGUGGAGAUCUGGACUCACCGGAACACCGAUGAAUCUGAAAGACAACUACUUUGUUCUAGGUCAAGUAUGGAUUCGCAGAUGACCUUCAAAAGUGAAGGUUCUAGGUCAAAGUACUUCUACUAA